AUGGACUUCCUGCGUCAGCUGGCCGCCGACCUGCACGCGCUGCGGGCCGAGGCCAAGCGCAAAUAUCCUGUGGUGAAGGAGGCCGUGGACCGCGCGCUGGAGGCGCUCCCGGCUCUGCAGCAACAGUACGCGGCGCUGCUGCGCGUGGAGGGGCGCGCGCCCGGUCCGGGUCAUAGUCUGUUUCAGAGCGAGAGCGUUCUGCGGCCCUUCCUGUUGGCAUGCAACCACACAAACGCCUCUCACAAGAUCCUGGUGCUAGCACUGUCCAGUAUCCAGCGCCUAGUGAGCUGGGACGCCAUCGAACCAGCCAGUGUAGGCAGCAUCCUGCGCGUCCUGCAGAUCCAAGCUGAGAAAAACACACACGCGGAUGUGCAGGUCAAGCUGCUACAAACUCUUCUGCAGCUUAUGACAUUGGCAUACGAGGAGAAGAAUAAGAAGCAAGUAAGGACGCAGGACGGCCAGACUCAGAUCCCACCUCCAGAUAGCGAGCUCGUGGGCAAUGAAGAUAUGGUCAUGCAGGCCGUGUGGAUCUGUAUCCACCUGCACGCCACCAGCAGCAGUGCCAGCUCCAUGGUGGGCAAUACAGCGGCCAUGACGAUCCGACAGAUAGUAUCCCUUGCAUUCGGGAAGGUAGAUUCCAGUCCAGAGGCCAAACACGUGGGCGUCCUAUUAUUCCAAGAGUUGUGCUUUAUGAGUCGAGAGGAGAACGGGAUGUGGUUGAAACGUACAGCCGUGUCACCCAUGAGCGCCGCUCUGGGGGUUGAGUUACUGGAGACGGUGUUGGCGUCACACUAUGGAUUAUUUCGACUAGAUAUCGAGUUCAAAGCGGUGUUGAAGCAGCAAAUGACUCCGUUAGUGCAGUCAGUGUUGGAAAUGGGCUGCAACGACAAACACGGCGGGUCUGCAGGCUCGGGAAUCAUGGGACCGACCAACUCGUCCAUCACCAGCAGCAACACGAACGGUGCUACAGGUCCGUUCUUCCCGCUGCUGGUACGUGGCAUGCGACUGGCCAGCACACUGCUGUGUCACUUUGCUGAUUGCCUGGAUAAAGAGUGCGCUUUAAUACUGCACGCUCUGCUGGAAAUCAUCGCGACCGGGACGUAUUCUAUCCAAGAGGCGUCAAAUGUUAGGUCUCCGCCCACACCGUCGAAGUCUCCGGACUCGAAAUUUCACGCUGCGAACGCUAUUGCGAAUUUCAAAGAAGCCAAGAAUUUCCUGACACACUCGAGUUCGUCGAACGCUAGUACGUCCAAUGCAGCCAGCGGCUCCGGAGGGGUGAAUUUCGUCACGUGGCCUGUGCUGUUAGCACUGGAAGUGCUCAAUCGCGUGUGUCUAGAGCCAGAUAUGGUGGCAGCUAUGGUGAGCUACCCGGACGGUGUGCUGGUUGCCAUCACACGCACGACGUCGUCGGUGAUCAUGACAUCGCCGCCGUCAGAUUUCAGACCCCAAGGCCCGGACGGAGCCACGCCACGUUCAGGUCUCGAGCUUCUGAAUGAACAAGAGACGCCCGUUUUGCAGCAGUUUUUCAUGGCUGUCCGAGUGGCUGCUUCGUGUCAAUGUAACAUGGCUGCGUCGGUGUUUGAGCUGUCGAGAUCCACGGACAACGAAGAGAUAUGCGAGAAGCUGGCCAAGGCGUGUGUUGCCGUGGUGGCUCCUGCUGUAGUCCAGUCUAUGAAUUGUGUGAUGCGGCACUGUCGGGAAGUGGAUCUCGUCACAAUGUCUCUCAAGUCGUAUCACGUGUUAGCCACGGUGGCGUCGCGGCUUCGAGCGAAUAUGCAGAGUCAAAGUGCACGAGAAAUUUGGUGCAAACAGAUGGAUGAAGUGGUGCUGACUUGUUUACGUGCGUUAUGCGGGUUCUCGUUCCCUUUACCGGAGGGAAUCCGAGGCAACUCGAAGGGAUCGGUAUCAACCACGGGCUCUGGGAGUAGCGCAUCCAACGACUACCCGGACGAAGCAACAACGGACGACGGAGAGAGCUGUCUUGUGGUCAUCAGUUGGCGUGAAGUGCAUGCGAUGAAGGCGCUAUUCGGCGCUGCACAUGUCAUGGAGGAGGAACUCUCGCAGAUCGAGUGGUGUGUGCUCUUGGAGGGCUUCGAAAUCAUCGUAGGACUCACAGACCCCAAGCUGAAGAACGGACAGCAGAAACUCCCGACCAAAAACUACCGAAUCAGCGCCUUCCGGAUGGAAAACGAAGACGUGGAACAGCAGCUCGUGAUGCUCAGUAAUUCGAUCGUGGAUUUCUUCCGUGAUGCGUUGAAACUGAGUAGUGUAGCGCUACGUAAGCUGCUCGCUGCUGUUCGAAGGGUAUCAUGGGAACAAGUGGGUCUGCCCGUGCCUAACAGAGACGCAGAAUCUACGCUUGACUCCACUGGAUCAACUGACGACUGGACGCUAGUGGACGAGGGAGACACACCCAGUCCUGCUAGUAAUCAUCACAUGAGGAUCUACCAAAGCUACUUGGGCGUGGGACUCACUGGCUCAGGCACGUUCAUGCCAUGUUUCGCGUUACGGAUGCUCACUCAGUUGGCGUCAAGUAGUAAACGCUGCUUCGAAGAGGUUAUGCGGGAGCUGGUGCUUAUGAGCACGUUCGUGCCUCAGCCUCCACUCACAGCAGCGCAGUUCCCUCAACUGAACCAGUUCCAAGUCUUCACGACGGAGAGCAUCCUUCAACUCAUGCAGAACGCCUUGCAAAACGUCGUCAACAGCGUGUCGCCUACUGCGAAGCCAUCGAUGGAGGUUCUGGAUGCCAGAAACGAGCAGAAUCCAGUAUCUCCGCACGUGUUUGACCAGCAAGAGCUGUUUGUACCGCUGUUAAAGCUGGCGCGUUCAGACAUGAGAGACCGUACACUGACCGGGAUGCUGGAGAUGCUCAACGCCUGUGGCCACCUGAUUAGCGCUGGAUGGCCGUUGAUAUUAUCUGCAGUGCAGGAAGCGUGUGAGAUCGGAGACGGCAAGACGCAGGUGCUGGCGUUCAAGUGUUUGCGGCUCAUUGUCGACGACCUGGUGGUGUCCAUACCCAGCAGUUACCUGCCAGACUGUAUCAAGUGUAUUGGACGCUUUGGAAGCUACGCCAAGGACGUCAACAUUAGUCUUACAGCGGUGAAUGAACUCUGGAGUGUGGCCGAUGUGAUUGGCAAGCAGAAAGCACGAGAAACUGACCCCAGCAAGCGGAAUCAGGGACAGUGGGGGUGCAUCUUCGCCGAGUUUAGCUCCGUGGCGCUGAACGAACGCGCCGAGGUGCGGAACAGCGCCAUCAACACUCUUUUCGGUACGGCUGUGACGUACGGCGCUCAAUUCGAGCUGAACGAGUGGCAGUUGUUCAUCAACUCGACGGUUUUGCCAUUAGCAGCCAAGCUAUGCGAAACUCAGAGACGGAGGAGCUCACGUUCUUUGGAGAAAGACACGGCCAAGACCUCGGCCAAUUACAUGCUGCACCACUCACGCGAUAACGCUGAAAAACAGUGGAAUGAGUCGCGAGUACUGAUGCUUACUGGAAUCAGUCGUGUGUUGGAGAUCAACUGGCAUUAUCUGCUGCAACACACGUCGUGGUUUGCUUCCAUCUGGCGCGAGUUGCUGCAGCACGUAGCGCUGAAUGCUGCGUUCGGUAUGCCUAAGGAGGUGGUGCUGGCUGCUGUCAAGACGCUGCAAACGUUGCUGCAAGUGUCUUCAGCGGGGGACUUUGACCACAUCGCGCAGUCGCAGCCUGUUCGUGCAGGUGUGGGCAUGCGCGUUGUCGGGGGAGCUCUCGUGUCUUCAUCUGCGCCGUCGUCGGCUGGCUUAACUCCUCCGAACUUGAGACGUGCGGCAUCUGCCCCAGUGUAUCGAGACCCCGCGCUGUGGGAGGAGGCAUUCAGCCAGCUACUGCAUCUGUGCGAUGAGAGACAGAUUGCAGCGGAGAAAGACGAACACCCGGCGCUGCCCUGGAAAGAAGACGAAGAACAGGAGAUCGCCAGUGCUGUGGUGUCUGUGCUGGUGGCGCUGUAUCUCCAGGCCAAAGAGUACGAGUUCAAGAAUGUCAAAAACGUCGACAAGAUGCUGGAUCUGUUCGCGCUGCUGGUUUCCCGUCACGUGCUUGGUACACCAGCUAUUGGCAAUGGAGCAGUGACCAAGGCGGUUACGAACAUCACGACGAACAGCUUACAGUCGCGUGUUUUAAACGCGUUCGAAGAGUGCGGCUCGUUCGCGUCUCACCCGGAGGUUCAUACGAAGAUGCUGGACCAACUUGUAGGCUACGUGACUCAGUCGUCCACCAAGGACCUUGUCUUCUUUACCCGUCACGCCUUAACGUCACUAGCCAAGCUGUAUGCGAGUGUAUCAAAGGAGGCCAGAGAGCAGCGUUUCUUGUCUGUCCUCUUCUGCAUCCAGCCGUUCUUGAUGUUCGACGGUGUUGCCACGCCUGAUUCCGAUUCCGAGAAGCCAAUGACUGCGGCGCAGAAGGCGGCGACCCAGUUGUGGAAGCACGCGCUGCGUGUGCUCUUGGUCGUGAUCUCAAGCGGACUUGUGGCUGUGCGACUGGCUGAAGCCUGUUGGAGACCGUUGCUGGAGACGAUCGCGGGCUUCGUGCAGCCGAACGGAGGCAAAUUCCCGUCGUGCGUGCAGUCGGAAGAGGACGAAGUGUUGGUACUGAGCGUGCUCGAGUGUGUGGCGGACAGCACGAUCGCAUUGCUCAGCGACGGCAGCGAUAUCAAGGCCCAUAUCGGACAGCAAUAUCAGGCGUUCAUUGGGGACCUGGUCGCUCUGCUGUGCUCGGGCGUGGACGCCGUGGAGCACAACAAGGCGAUGAUUCGGUGCUGCGUGCGGCAGUUGACCACCAUGUGCAUUCAGAUGGCGGACCAGGAGCUGGCGGCAUUCGCACGGGCUCGAUUGGUGGCGUGCUGCAACACGGCACUGAUGCGGUUCGCCGAGUUAGACGGCCCUAACCAGCGACCAACCGACGAUGCUCAGGUCGUAGCUGCACGCGAGAGGGUGGUGGUGCUGCUCACUAGCGCGUUGGAGGUGGACAUGCAGCCGCGUAGUAUUAUGGAGAUGUAUCCGUCAUUAUGCGGCUGCAUUUCGUCGUCCAACUUGGAGGUGCGACAGCUCGUACAGCGGUUGCUGCUGAGCGGAAGACUGUCUGAGUUCUGCUUAGAGCUUAUGGAUAUUUGGGAGCGUCAGUCUCAUUAG